AUGGCGACCGUCGGCCACAGUAGGUUGAAGAAAUCCCCCACCAUGGUGUCCUCGCUGAGCUCCGUCCGGACGAUCAUCAUUUGCCUUCUGGUCGUCGCGCUCCCCGCUGUCCUCUUCCUCCAUCGCCGGCAGGAGCUCGUCAGCGCCGCUUGCGUCGGCGCACCAAGCUCCGGCAAGGCUGGAUGGGCCGGCGAUCUCCGGCGAGCCCACUUCUCCUGGAACCACCUCCGAUUCUCCGAGGGGAACUCCCCGCCGGAGACCCUCAAGAUCGCCGUCUUCUCCCGGAAGUGGCCCACCGCCUCUGUCCCCGGCGGCAUGGAGCGCCACGCUCUCACCCUCCACUCCGCCCUCGCUCGCCGCGGCCACCGCGUCCACGUCUUCACAUCCCCGCCAGUGGAGGCCGCCGGCAACGGCGGCGCCGCCGCGAUGCCGGAGCUCCACUUCAUCAAGGGCCCGGCGGGGCAGUGGCGGCCCAACGACGCCUGGUCGCUCUUCAAGGCGGAGGACGAUCGGGAGCCUUUCGAUGUGGUGCACUCCGAGAGCGUGGCCCUGCCCCAUCCCCUCGCCCGUGAUCUCCCCAACCUGGCCGUCUCCUGGCACGGCAACGCCCUCGAGAAACUGCAGUCGCUUCUCCUCCAGGCGGUGACGCAGUCGCGGGAGGAGCCGUUUUCGCCUGACCUCAACAGCACCCUCCACGGGCAGCCCCUGAAGGUCAUCCAGGAAAUCGCCUUCUUCAAAGACUAUACCCACCACGUCACCAUCACCGACAGCGGCGGCGAGAUGCUCAGAGACGUCUACCAGAUCCCCGACGACCGGGUGCAUGUCAUCGCCAACGGCGUCGACGAGGAGGAAUUCUCCCCCGACGAGAACCUGGGGCGGUCCUUCAGGGAGGAGAUCGGCGUGCCGGCCAACGCCACCCUGGUUAUUGGGGUCGCCGGCCGGCUGGUGAGGGACAAGGGCCACUCUCUUCUGCACAGGGCCUUCUCCCGCCUGGUAAAGUACCAUCCUGGCAUGUACUUGGUGGUGGUAGGCUCGGGGCCGUGGGCGAAACGCUACGGCCAGCUGCGGCCGCAGGUGAUUGGGCUGGGACCCAUACCGCCGGCGAAGCUCAAGGCCUUCUACAAUGCAAUCGACGUGUUCGUGAACCCGACGCUGCGGCCGCAGGGACUCGAUCUCACGCUCAUGGAGGCGAUGCAGUGCGGGACGCCGAUCAUGGCUACGAGGUUUCCGAGCAUCAAGGGGACGCUGAUCGUGGACGAGGAGUUUGGGCAUCUCUUCGCGCCGAACGUGGAAGCGCUGGCGGUGGCGCUGGAGACGGCGGUGCGGGAGGGCCCCCGCCGACUGGCCGAGCGGGGGCGGGCAGGGAGGAACUACGCCGCCUCCAUGUUCACGGCGAGGAAGAUGGCGGCGGCCUACGAGCGCCUCUUCCUCUGCAUCAAGAGGGAGAGUUACUGCAGCUACCCCCUUCACUUUGACCUUUGA